AUGAGUCAAUCUGUGGGAUUUAAUUGGGGAUUCAAGCCUAACUCAAGCCCGACCUGCCAAUCACAAUCGAAUUCAUGGAAAAUUACAAAAUCAAGGCCAAAGAGACGACUAACGAAUGAGGAAUUCACCACAACCAGCCCCACGGGGGGAAAGUGUCGACUUAACUCUAAGCGAAAAGUUGCUACGCCUGCCAUUCGUGGACAAGCACUACCCUUAUCGAGAGCCGUAGAAAUGAUGGACAGGCAGGGCCUGCAAUCGACGCUUUUGGAAUUAUUGAAACUUCACCCUGAAAUACAGAGCACAUUUAUGGCCAUCCAGCCUGCCAGCCGCAAUGUGGAUCAAUAUCUAGAAGUCUUGAAAAACAAACUAGAACUGGUUUAUGCGAAUGUGCCGUAUUCGAAGCGUUGCGAUGAAUUUGACGGGGGUUUGAACGACUACGCUUUUGUUCGUGUAAAGUCGCACGUAAUAGAGUUUUUGAACUGUCUUGUCGAUUGUUUACUAGAGAGCAUUCCUCCGCAAACCACCAACUUGAUGCAUUCAUUGAAGGUUCUCGACUUGGCUACUGAACUCCUGAGUCAGGUUCCUCAGUUUUCUACUGCUAGCAACAACUACUACAAAAACGUUUGCUAUCAACAGGUUGCUGAGAUUUGGGUUACGGUAGUAAAAGAGGUGACUGAGGAUAUUACUUUUUCAGCCUCUCAGACUAACCUUCUGCAUUGGCUCCAGCGUUUACAGGAGCAUAACGGCCAGUCCCAGGGCAAACUUACGAAACCUCUAUCGUUACUCAAAGGGUUUCUAGAUCGUUUAGACACUUUGGAAACUCAAGCAUCUACUCCACAGGAUCAGCAAAAUCCUACCAUAUGGAGCAACAUUGUAUGA